AUGAACGAGAGCGCUCCUAAUGCAAUGAAGAACGGGCGUCUACACGAAGCUUUGAAAUACCAAGACCCGUCGCUUGUUCUUGUUCAAACUUUGUUGAAUGAAGGCGCCGAUGCAAAGAGCAGCGAUAAGUAUGGAAACACACCAUUUCACAAGGCAUGCUCUUAUGGUCAUUUCGAGAUAGCGUUGCUACUCGAGAAGGGUGCUGACAUUCAUGCCAAGAAUAUGGGGGGAAGCACGCCAUUGCAUAAAGCAUGCGAAAGAGGUCACUUCGAGAUAGUCAAGUUAUUGCUACUCGACAAGGGUGCUGACAUUCAUGCCACGACCGACGAUGGAAAAACACCAUUACAUGAAGCAUGCUCUUAUGGUCAUUUCGAGAUAUUCAAGUUAUUGCUACUCGACAAGGGUGCUGACAUUCAUGCCACAACCAACGAUGGAAAAACACCAUUACAUGAAGCAUGCUCUUAUGGUAAUUUCGAGAUAGUCAAGCUGCUACUCGAGAAGGGUGCUGACAUUGAUGCCAAGAAUAUAAGGGGAUUUACGCCAUUGCAUAAAGCAUGCUUCCCGGGGCAUUGCGACAUAGUCAAGUUAUUGCUACUCGACAAGGGUGCUGACAUUCAUGCCACAACCUACGGUGGAAAAACACCAUUACAUGAAGCAUGCUCUUAUGGUCAUUUCGAGAUAUUCAAAUUAUUGCUACUCGACAAGGGUGCUGACAUUCAUGCCACAACCAACGAUGGAAAAACACCAUUACAUGAAGCAUGCUCUUAUGGUAAUUUCGAGAUAGUCAAGCUGCUGCUCGAGAAGGGUGCUGACAUUGAUGCCAAGAAUAUAAGGGGAAUUACGCCAUUGCAUAAAGCAUGCGAAAGAGGUCACUUCGAGAUAUUCAAGUUAUUGCUACUCGACAAGGGUGCUGACAUUCAUGCCACGACCGACGAUGGAAAAACACCAUUACAUGAAGCAUGCUCUUAUGGUAAUUUCGAGAUAGUCAAGCUGCUGCUCGAGAAGGGUGCUGACAUUGAUGCCAAGAAUAUAAGGGGAAUUACGCCAUUGCAUAAAGCAUGCUUCCCGGGGCAUUACGACAUAGUCAAGUUGCUACUCGAGAAAGGAGCUGACAUUGAUGCCAAGAGUCAGUAUGGAUUGUACGAAGCAUGCGAAAGAGGUCAUUUCGAGAUAGUCAAGUUGCUACUCGAGAACGGUGCUGUCAAACAUGCCAAGUGUCGAUAUGAAAUCACACCAGCAUGUGUUGCAUUGAAAAGGGCAUGUGCUGCAGGUCAUUUAGAUAUAGGCAAGUUGCUACUCGACAAUGGUGCUGAAAUUAAUGCCAAAAAUCAUGAUGGAUGCACGACAUUGCACCAUGUAUGCAGCUUACGUGGUGCUCGUCCUUUGGAGAUAGUCGAAUGGCUUGUAGAGAACGGUGCUGACAUUACGGCCACAAACAAUUAUGGUGACACGCCAUUGCACUGCUGUGCAGGCAACAGAUGUCAUUGCGAGAUGGCGAGGUUUCUACUCGAGAGGGGUGCUGACAUACAUGCCACGAACAAAAAGGGAAAUACACCAUUACAUCAAGCAUGCGAUGAAGGUCGAUGUGAGAUGGUCAAGUUGCUACUCGAGAAGGGUGCUGAAAUUAAUGCCAAGAACAAAAAGGGAAGCACGCCAUUGCACCAUGCAUGCAGCACUGAUGAUCAUUUGAAGACAGUCGAAUUGCUUGUAGAGAACGGUGCUGACAUUGAUGCCACAGACGAUAUUGGAAGGAAACCAUUGUACAAUGCAUGCUACAAGGGUAGUUUCGAGAUAGCCAGGUUGCUAAUCGAGAAGGGUGCUGACAUUGAUGCCAAGAAACAAUAUGGAUGCACGCCAUUCUCUGCAGCAUGCGCAAAAGGUCAAUUGGAGAUAGCGAGUUUGCUACUUGAGAAGGGAGCUGACAUGUAUGCCAAGAAUCAUUAUGGAGGCACAGAAUUACAUAGAGUAUGCAGCGAUGGUGGUCAUUUGACGGUAGUUGAAUGGCUUGUAGAGAAUGGUGUUGACAUUACUGCCACAGACGAUAAUGGAGACAUGCCAUUGCAUCUGGCAUGCCGUUGUGGUUGUUUUGAGAUCGUCAAGUUGCUACUCGAGAAGGGUGCUGACAUUGAUGCCAAGAGUCGAGUAGAAGGCCCACCAUUACAUGAAGCAUGCUUUAGAGGUAAAUGUGAGAUGGUCAAGUUGCUACUCGAGAAGGGUGCUGACAUUGAUGCCAAGAAUCAAUAUGGACGCACCCCAUUGUACAAUGCAUGCUAUUGGGAUCAUUUGAAGAUAGUCGAAUUGCUUGUAGAGAACGGUGCUGACAUUAAUGCAACAGACAAUGAUGGAAAGACACCAUUGUACAAGGCACAAGAGAGUCGUCAAUUGGAGGUAGUCAAGUUGUUGCUCGAUAAGGGUGCUGACGUGAAUGCCACAGACGAUGAAGGAAAGACAUCAUUGCAUAUGGCAUGUCGUGUGGGUCGUUUGGAGCUUGUCAAAUGGCUAGUGGAAAUAGGCGCUGCUGUCAAUGCCAAAACAAAAGGUGGGGAGACACCGAUACAUUGGGCAUGUGGGAAGGGUCAUUUAAAUGUAGUCAAGUUCCUAGUCGAAAAGGGUGCUUAUGCUCAUGCCAAAGGCAAAAUUGGAUUGACGCCAUUUGAAAUGAUGUGUUGCAAUAAGGAUGGCUUGGAUCUGGUCUUGUUGCUAGUCCAAAGAUCAUGUUAUGAUGGCCAUUUGGAGGUGAUCAAGACGCUGCUGGUCUAG